CGAUCGCUCUCGACCACAUCACGCUUCCGCGGAGGAUAAGGGUCGGAGGAGGAUGGAUGGAGAAGGAGGAGGAGGGGACGGCGGAGGCAGCGGGGUGGUGGUGGUGGUUGGGCGAGCAGAGAUCGACACGAGGCCGCCGUUCAAGUCUGUGAAAGAGGCAGUCGCUCUGUUUGGGGAACGGGUUCUCGCCGGGGAGAUCAUCGCCAAUAGGCUCAAAGAGAUGCGGGCCGGAGCUGGCGAAACCGCCCGAGCGGCUCACUCUCAAAUCGCGGCCCUAACGACAGAGGUCGAGGAUACGAAGCGAAACCUCACAAAAGCCAGAGAAGACAACAACCGGCUGGCCAACGCCAUCGCAGCCCUCAAGGAGGAGCUCCAGAAUGCCAGGAGGGAGGUGAAGCGACUGAAGGCGGCGGCAUCUCCGAAACGCGCUCUCAGCCCCGAGAUCGAGGACGUCAAGUUCAUCGAGAACGUCACCAAAGUUGGGAGAGCCAAGAAGAAGUCGGCCCUGACCAGCGCAGAAGAAGAAGAAGAAGAAGGCGACGGAGACGACGACGACGAAAGGGAGUUCGAGUUCCACAGGAGGACGAGGUACGUGAAGUUCGCGAGCCCUCCGUCGCUGACUCGAGUGAUCGAGAGCGGAGAAGAGCGUGAGACCGCGCUGGAGAGGCCGCCGCUGCCGUGGGCGAACAAGAUGAAGAGCAAGAAGGCUCUCGUUCCCAUCGUGGGGUGGCUAUUCGCGAAGAAGAAAGGCGGGCCGGAUCACAGCAAAGAGGAUUAUUAGUUCGUCGGCGUUU